AUGAAACAGCGAUUUUCGUCCCUAGACGUCAAGGUCAUUUCCAAUGAACUUGCAGCGGCACUCAUCACAUUACGGGUUUCGAACAUCUACGACCUCUCCAGUCGAAUAUUCCUCCUCAAAUUUGCCAAACCAGGUCGAAGAGAGCAGUUGCUUGUCGACUCAGGCUUCCGUUGCCACUUGACCUCCUUCUCCCGCACCGCAGCUACUGCGCCCUCUGUCUUCGUCAGUCGACUCCGGAAAUACCUCAAGAGUAGACGGGUUACCGGUGUUGCCCAGAUAGGAACUGAUCGAGUUAUUGAGAUCAGUUUCAGCGAUGGCCAAUACCGUUUGUUCCUCGAGUUUUUCGCGGCUGGGAACAUAGUCCUUGCUGAUGCCAGUUUGAAUGUCUUGGUUCUGCUCCGCCAGGUCUCUGAGGGAGACGACGAUGUCGAUAUUAAAUUGGGUGGGAAAUACCUGCUAGAGCCGAAGCAGAAUUACACCGGCGUGCCUCCCAUCACGGCCGAGAGGGUUAAAGAGGCACUACAGAAGGCUGUCGAAAGGGCCAAGGCUGCCAAUGAAGCAGGUGGCAAGAAAGCUAAGCGGGCCAAAGGUGCAGAUGAUCUGAAGAAGGCUUUGAGUGUUGCAUUCCCCGAAUUUCCUGCUCACCUCCUAGAUCACGUAUUUCGACAGGCGGGGAUUGAUGCAGUUAUCAAAGCAGAUGCAGCGAUUGAAAACAAUGAAAUUCUUGAUAUCGUGAUAACAGCACUGGGACAAGCUGGCGCCAUUUUCAAAGCUUUGGACAGCACCCAAUCCAAAGGGUAUAUCAUUGCAAAAUUCAAGGCUGCCUCGGACGAGGGAAAUGGACCUUCAGAAGCGCUAAACCCUAGCCGGGAAUCGAUACUCUAUGAUGAUUAUCAUCCCUUUAAACCAGCCCAGUUCGAAAACAAGCCUGAGCUGCAUGUUCUCGAGUUUGACGGAUUCAACCGGACAGUGGACGAAUUUUACUCGUCUAUUGAAUCUCAGAGGCUAGAAUCUAAACUUACUGAGCGCGAAGAGGCCGCCAGAAAGAAGCUAGAAUUCACAAGAGCCGACCACGAGAAGCGACUGGGAGCCCUCCAACAAGUACAGGAAUUACAUAUCCGAAAGGCUCAAGCGAUAGAAGCCAAUACUCACAGAGUGAAAGAGGCUUGCGCUGCCGUCAAUGGGCUGAUCGGCCAAGGCAUGGACUGGGUGGACAUUGGCAAGCUGAUUGAGAAUGAACAGAAGCGCGGGAAUGUGGUCGCCCAAAUGGUCAAGCUACCGCUGAAAUUGCAAGAGAAUACUGUGACGCUUCUCCUCGACGAACCCGGCGCUGAGCAAGACGAGGAGAGCGACGAAGAGGAUAGGACUGAUGACGAAGCAGACUCUGACAAGGAAGCGAGUACGAUCACUGCCAAAUCCGCGGCGAAGUCAACGGACAAGCGGCUUGCGAUUGACAUCGACCUUGCAUUGUCACCUUGGGCAAACUCUCGACAGUACUAUGAACAGAAAAAAACAGCUGCUGUGAAAGAAAAGAAGACUAUUGAAGCCUCGACAAAAGCCCUGCAAUCGGCCGAGAAAAAAAUUGGGGCUGACCUGAAAAGGGGACUCAAGCAGGAGAAAGCGACACUAAGACCUGCCAGGAAGCAGUUCUGGUUCGAAAAAUUCCUGUACUUCAUUUCCAGCGAUGGUUACCUCGUAAUUGGAGGCAAAGACGCGCAGCAGAACGAGUUGCUCUACCGGCGAUAUUUGAAGAAGGGCGACGUUUAUGUUCAUGCCGAUCUUCAAGGAGCGUCCAGUGUCAUCGUCAAGAACAACCCUAGGACACCCGAUGCACCAAUACCCCCUUCUACUUUAUCACAGGCUGGCGCCUUGACUGUAUGCACGAGCAGUGCUUGGGAUUCAAAAGCAGUCAUGGGUGCAUGGUGGGUUAAUGCAGAACAAGUGAGUAAAACGGCCCCAACCGGUGAGUAUCUUACGACCGGGGGAUUCGUAAUUCGAGGACACAAAAAUCUCUUGCCACCUACUCAGCUUCUCUUGGGAUUUGGUGUACUGUGGUUGAUCAGCGAAGAGAGCAGAGUGAACCAUGGCAAGCAUCGACUAGAGCGGACUGAAAGUAUGUUGUCUGGAGAAGCCGAAAUUCUUGCAAAUGACGCACGCCGACUGUCCAUCGAUGCUCACAAUCUAUCACAAGACAUAGAAGAUACAUUAUCGAUGCGAGGCGAAGCAGUUCCAGACAUCGAGGAUGCUGCAGAGGAUGCACAAAAAGAAGUGGAUGCGGAUGACCUAGCCGCCAGCGAUGGUGAGGAUGUUCAGCUCAGUGACCAGAAUAAGGACGAGGGAGACGACAAAGCAUCAAUAGCUGCCUCCGAGGCAGGCGACAAUUAUCAUUCAAACCCGCUGCAGACGACCGUGGAGAGGACGGCCACAUCUGAUUCAGGCAAGGGCGAAGUCGACAUUGAAGCCGAAUCUGAGCCGGACAGCGAUGAGGAGAUGACACCACCAGACAUGCCCUCAUCCACUCCCGGCGAAUCUCCGACCCGCACAUCGACCCCCGUGUCUUCCAGCACCAGCGUGAAGCCUGGUCCAAAACAGCAACCGCUGGCCCGGGGAAAACGCACCAAAGCCAAACGGGCUCAGAAGAAAUACGCUGAGCAGGAUGCCGAGGACCGCGCCCUUGCCAUGCAACUCCUCGGCUCAGACCGUGCUCAAGAGCGCAAGGCAGACACAGAGGCUGACAAAGCAACCCGUGAAGCGAAAGCGCAAGCGGAUAAGGAGCGUCGCAAGGCUCAACACGCGAAGGCCGCGGAGAAAGAACGGCUGCGGCGUGAGAGGCUCGAGAAGGCUGCUGCGCAGGGGCCGUCCGGGCAAGGCAUAAAUGGUACGACUUUGGACGAGGACGACGAACUUAGCAAGGAGCAGCUUGAGCAGGAACGCAAAGAGCUCCUCGACAUCGACCGACUUGUCGCACUGCCUGAACCCGGCGACGAGCUCAUCGCAGCCGUCCCUGUCGUUGCUCCUUGGACUGCCCUAGCACGCCAGAAAUACAAGAUAAAGCUUCAGCCUGGGGCGGUCAAAAAGGGAAAGGUCGUCCGGGAGAUCCUUGGGUUCUGGACAGGUUUGGCGACGAGAGGACCCAAGGUCGUGGACGAGGGCAGUUGUGAGAAAGAGAAGGUGUGGAGGCGUGAACUGGAUUUGCUAAAGGAUUGGCGGGUUGAGGAAGUCGUUGGGUACGUUCCUGUCAAGGGGGCUCGGAUUGUUCAAGGUGGUGGCAUUGGCGGUGGUGUUGGGUCUGGAAGUGGGAAUGCGAAGGGCAAAGGCGGCAGUGGAGGUGCUAAAGGCAAAGGAAAGAGCGGUGGUGGUGGAGGGGCAAAGAAGGGUAGAUAG